GCGAGUGCAUCAUCGGCUUGCAGUCGACAGUUUUGCUCUAAGUUUGUAGACAUCGUUGAUAUUUUUUGAUUUUGUAAAGAAUCGUUAUCUCCGAGAUGAUGGAAUCGUCGAGUAUCAAAAACUAACGAGACGCAAUAUAUGUUGAAUCGAAUGCUAACGUACAUGAUACUUGUAUGUUUUCUGUUAAUAUUCAUUAUUAUCGGUAUUAUCUUGGUGUUGAUUUAUAAACCAAUCUACGCUUGGGAGAUCGACGUACCUUAUUGAAAAAUCAAUUCUGUUCAAUCGUAACAAAAUACGAUAAGUCCGACAUUUUUAUCGACGAGUGAAGUUGGCAAAAAUUUGAAAACUACUGUCGCGUUCAGAGAAAUUAUUAGCUGUAAAGACAAGAUGCAAAGAUUAGAGUCACAGAAGAUCUUUCACAUACUUUUAAUACUCUCUACGAUAACUUUGGCGAGAUGCGCGUUAUUAGAAAUGUCCCGGAUACUCUGGAACAAGACGGUGUCCGGUGGUCUGGCGAAGAUAGGCAAGCUGGAUCCGUUGAGGGUGCCGGUAAUCAAAAUUGAUCAAUCCGAGGGCGAGACCAGUUACAGGGUGAUCCUGAGGAACUUGGAAAUUGUCGGUCUCAACGAAUCGAUUUUGGAGAGCAUCCACGUCGCUCGCGGUGGACUCAACUCGAACUUGAGCGAAUUUGAGGCCGGAUACGUGAGCUACAGCAAUAUCAGAGACGUGGAUUCCAUCAGAUACAGAUUCCAUACCAUGAUGAGGGAACCUGAUGUAGCAAAAGAGAGUUUCGAAGACGUUGUUUCGCCCGUGAAUCGAACCACUGAUAUCAAACCGUCUUCGCGUUAUCAAGAAGCUCGCUUCGAAAAACUGCAACAAGACGGUUCCAGGAUAUUUGAACAAAAUCAACAAUAUGACCGACGGACGCCUUUUCGUUCCGAUGGCUUUCGUAGAGGCAAUUUAAAAGCGUCGAGCAAUUUUGAGACAAAUCCCGGAAAUUUCGAAGAUUUUAAUCGCCCGACUUAUGUUCAGCCUAUUUAUGCACAGAAAGCGAAAGAUAUUCAAGGAUAUCAAGGAAGUUCGCGAAGCAGUGAAGACAUAAUUGAUUGUGAGGAUACAAAGGGCUUUCAGUUUAGAGGAAAUCAGAAAGACAGCCGAAAAUAUGGGCCACGACAAGACGCCGAUGACAGAUAUGGAAAACGAAUCGAGGAUGUUGAGGUUUCUGCUUCGGAAACAGUCGAGACUAGGUUAAAAAAUCAGGGUGAUGCAAGACCGCCUGCGUUGUAUAAUAGAGAACAGUCUUUACGAUCAAACGUUACACCUUCGAGCAAUGUUAAAUUAUCGAGAAACGUAAUGAGAGAGCGAACGGGUUAUAUCGAUAUUAUCUACGCGGAUGACAAAGCUAACGGAAGUAUGAAACGUUUCGGUAACUUAGGUAACAAUCCCGUAGAGAAUCGACAAGUAUAUGGCAUUGAGGAUGUCAUGAAGGACAUUCGGGAAAAUACAAGAUUUAUUAUUCACAAUUUUACGGAAGGUGAAGCCUUGAGGAAGAGGAAUGAUAUGUUUAAAGCUGCGAUGGAAGAUAAAAAUUUAAAGAAUUUAACUAGGUAUGCGAAGAGUUAUCAGGAGCAGCAAGGAUACUUUGAAGAAAGCAUGCAGUUGAUCUAUCAUUAUGGUGGAAUGAACGCGAGAAAUAAUAGCGCUUCUCAAAAUAUAAAACUCAAUGAUACCAAGAGAACGAAGCGAGCGCAUCCCGAGGAAACUGAUGAAGGCGACGUGAUGGUUGUGAUUUUGAGAAUACGCGUCCCGCUGCUUCGCGUAAAGUCUCAAUACACGCUUACGGGAAAAGUGGGAAAGGAGAUGUUACAUGGCAAUGGCCUGUUUAGCGGAAACUUUACCGACGUAGUGGGCGAUUUUACACUAGAACUGAAGAAGAUGAACGAAGAAUUGAUGAUCGUUCGUGCUGCUAGAGCCAAAUUGUCCGCCAAAGACAAGAAGAUCAGUCUUCAGGGUAUGAACGAGGCGGGACCGGUGCAAGUUAUUCUCAAUUAUAGUAAGUACGUGACGAUUAUAAAUAACGUGCAUCCGCUCAGAGAAGGAAAACGAUAAAUUAAUUAUCAACUGUCAGAGUAAAUCGACCAAUAGCUUUAAAGCCGGUUUCGACGAUUACGCGAAGUCACAUUUGUGUUUGUUACGCGACUGUCGCACGGCUCUUCCGUAAUUACUUGAUAGAAUGAAAAGUCGAAUUCUUUCUUGGAAAGUAACGUCGAUUCGCGACUCGCUACAUGGCGAUAUCGGGCAGGUGUCCUGUCAAUUAUAUAAACGUCGUAUAAAAUCUCAAACGAAUAAUCGGAGGAUACAGUCGCGAAUGUGCGAAAUUCUAAAAUCUCACGGACAUUCCGAGACAUCGCGGAUUGAGCCGACCAAACGCAUAUAUCGAGAGCUCGCGUGAUAGUAAAAGUCCUCCUCACUUUCUUGCGAACACGACCAAACGGUCCCGCAACUAACCGAUCCCGCGCGAUGUUAACUCGAUUAAUCUCCCAUUCACGCUUAUUCACUUUCCUCCGUCAGGUUUAAUGGCUGCGGAGGCAGUCGCCGCAAUGCUUGCCGACGACUUU